AUGGAUACAGAUAUCACUGCUCUUAUUGAAGAAGCUACACGAGCGGGAGCAACGGGCGCAUCAUACACAGUCCGUAUCGGAUUAGUUCGCAGCUUGAAGAAAAAGGAUACGGGUGUUCUGGCCGCGUUCAAUCUCUGGUGUGCAACACGGGACAAAGUUCAUCAGAUUGCGGGUCAAUACAAGACAAGAAAUUCCAUCAAAGCCGCACUUGAAGCCCGACCCUCUCUUUUCUACGACAUCACCAAUAACCUCCGUGAUUACGGCCCCAAAAUCUGGAAUGAUGGGGUAAAAGAUGGAAAGUUUGUCACGAAAGUCAACAAACCCAAGUACCCAAAACAUCUGGUUUUUAAGAACCGUAAGGAUCAGCACAUAAUACGAAAGCAUCUCUUCGGAUGGGUUGUUCAGCGCGCUUGUCGCACAUCCGAAGAAUGGGGACGUACCGGCCCUAGGAAACGAAAGCAUAACAUACCACCAACACAGCCGCGUGUUGCAAAAGCAGUGGUUAUACGUCGUCCAAAUCGGCAGGGUCGUCAAGUGGCUUCGUUUCCGGAUAUCGAUGAUGAUAGCAUGGAUGAGCUUGGUGACCUGGUAGAUCCGGAGGCAAAGAAGCCCCGACGUAAUCCACCAACUCGCAUGGCCAAUGUCAACCUGCCGCCGUCCACCAAAAAAACACGCAUGGCGCUAUCCAAUGCCCACGACCAAAGAUUCGAGGAGGGAGUCCGCAAAGAGGCCUUGUUGACUGAUCCUCUCACUAGUAGGGUAGCACCUGCGCCAGCUGUUAAGAAGCGUGGGCGACCUAGGUCAACAAACAAAGUAGACACCAACCCCCAGCCACCGCGCAGACAGAAGAAACAGAAAGAUCAGUUCACAAUAGUGCAUUCAGAAUCUGAAAUAAAUGGGACGAUACAAAAACCCAAUAGCAGCACAGAUCAAGAACGGGACGUCCAACCUCCACCAUCCGAUCACUCCCAGCAUGAACGAGAGUGUCUCGAUUCGAUAAUUCUUCUACUCCUAGAGCGACAUGACCCAGGAACCCACGAUAUCGAAGAGUUACAACAAACAAUCGUACUGACCACGAAGAUAUCGCAAAACGAUUCUCAACGCCUCCGAACCAUUCUUGGCCACGCUUACGAAGCAUGCCAAAAAGCCCUGGAUAGAUUUCUCACCUGUCUCAAAGAGAUCGUCGCAUUCCGCCAAAUGACCAACUUCACAGGGGACGCCACCACCAGAGCUGCUUUCUGCGCCCAAACCCUGACAACAGAGCAGAAAAAGUCUGCACGGGGCUCGCUCACACACAUGAAGCGCAAGAAGGCCGAAUGGGUCGCUGAGUCAAACUUUUCUGAGGGGUUCUCGAGGAACUUGGCGUUGCUGCUGCUUGAGAUGAUUAGUUGGGGUGAUAUACCGAUGAGUUUUCCGGAGAUGCAAGAGUAUUUGCUGCGGUUCAAUGAGAGUCUUCUAGCGUGGUUCUAG